AUGCUACAGGACAGAUAUCCGCACCUUCACCUGACAUUACAAGUGGAUGUCGAGGUCGAUGUCCAGGGCAUCAUCCGCAAAACAGGUUCUCAAACACUGUUGGUGCGAUUUGUUUGUUUUAGUGGUACGUGCACGGCAGGAUACAGUCACGAACGCAAGCGGAAGUGGGAAGAUCGUAAAGCCAAGUUGGAACGCACCAAUUUGGAUUGUCAAGCCGCCUUUGGCCACCUUGACUGA